AUGUUACCAGUGUUAAUUGACAUAGUAUCUACGACAUCAAUAAGUUAUGCAAAAAUUGGUAUAAUAAGGUUAUUGACAAAAAUGUCGCAAAAUGUUUCCUAUGAUGACUCUAUUGAUUCAAAUGCUAAUAUAAGUUUAGUAACAAUCGAUUAUUAUCUCCAUACGUGCAUCUUACCUGUAAUUAUCGUCUUUGGCACUAUUGGUAAUAUAGCGAAUAUUUAUAUUUUUACACGACCAGUGUUAUAUCGUUCGUGUUCAAUCUAUUUUCUUGCUGGAGGUAUAAAUGGGCUUUUACUAUUAUUGUUUGGUACAACAACUCGUUGGUUAGGUCACGCCUUUCAUAAUUUAGAUGCUACGGAAUACUCGUUGUUUUUCUGCCGGUUUCGAUUCUAUUUUAUCAAUGUUAUUUAUGAUUUAGCUCCAUACUUCAUAGCUUGCGUUACUGUUGAUCGGUACUGUUCGAGUUCAACAAGCGUGAACAUCCGUCGCCUGAGUGCCCGUCCUAAACUCGCAUACCUAGUCGUAUUUGGCGUCACUUUGUUAUCCUGCUUAGUGUUCCUUCAUACUCCCUUUUAUUACACAAUAAUCGAUUCGUCAUGUCAACCGAUGUCAGGGGUUUAUACUCGAUUUUAUUCUUCAUUUGCUGCGGCCUACUAUUUCCUCGGUGUUAUAAUCAUUAUCAUCUUUGGAUUAGGUACAACCUACAAUGUUCGAAUGCAGAGAAAAAGAAUUCAACCAGUCAUGAUCCGCACGACUAAAAUCGAUCGAAAACGACAACGUAGCGACGGGCAAUUGUUGUUAAUACUAUUCGUACAUGUUGCAUGUUAUAUUUGCCUGGCAAUGCCAUAUCAUAUCCUAUCAAUUUUUGCUGCAGUUCAACCAGCAUUUUUGAAAAAUUCAACAUUUCUUUUCAUCCAAGAUGUUACUAUCAUAACAUUGAACAUCAGUCAAGCCGUAAGUACAACCUAG